AUCAUCCAGAGGUGGGAGAUGAGUUUCUUGUCUGUUGGUUAAGAGAUCCUGGAGGAAGAGUACAAGAUGUCUCUUUGUAUUUAAUUAGACUAGUCUAUUAAAGCAAUUAUCAGAUCAUUUUGUCUGAAACUGAUUAAACCACCUCCAGUCUGGAUUUUGUUGGUGAUGGACUGCAACAAGGAAGAGGCCAUCAGGGCCAAAGACAUCGCGGUGAAGAAAAUGCAAAAUAAGGAUUUUUCUGGGGCUCUUAGAAUUGCAGCCAAGGCCCAACAACUUUUUCAGGAUUUGGAGAAUUUAUCUCAGAUGAUAAUGGUGUGUGAAGUGCAUUGUGCUGCUGAGAAAAGAUUGUUUGGUAAUGAGAUGGAUUGGUAUGCCAUACUUAAGGUUGAGCUAACAGCUGAUGAAGCUACAAUUAAGAAACAGUACAGAAAAUUUGCCCUCCAACUUCACCCUGAUAAGAAUAAGUUUCCGGGUGCAGAAGCUGCUUUUAAGUUGAUUGGGGAUGCACAAAGAAUUCUUUUAGAUCAAGGUAAAAGGUCUGCACAUGACAUGAAACGAAAAGUGACUAUUAAUAGACCAGCUCCAGCAGCAGCAUGUCGGCCCCCACAGAAGCCAAGUUGGUACCCUCAUGCUGCUGUUCCAAACAAUUUCCGUGCCAACUUUCCUGUCUUGAAUUCUCAACAGCAGUCACAGCAGCAUCAACAACCAACUCAAACUGGGUUCUCCAAUGGCCGGCCAACUUUCUGGACCAAGUGUCCUUAUUGUACGGUUAGAUACCAGUAUUAUACAGAAGUAAUUCACAGAUCUCUUCGUUGUCAAACUUGCAACAAGACCUUCAUUGCCUAUGAUUCAGGUGCAAUUCCACAGGCAAGUAACAUGAGUCAGCCAAAAUUUCCCCAACCUAGAGUUGUGCAGAAUCAGGGUGCUUUCAAAGUUGGUCAGGGAUCUCCAGGAAAUGUUGCUGCUGAGAAUGCUAAAGCAGCCUUUUCUCCAAAUGUAGUUUGCACUUCAGAGGUUGGGACGGAUAAAGUGAAUGGUAAAAGAGGAAGGAAGCAAACUAUUGAAUCCAGUGAAAGCUGUGACAGCGAAAGCAGCAGUGAGUCUGAAGAGGAUGUGGUGAUUGAUGACAAUGGUGAUGUUCUGGCUGGAAAGAAUUUUGAUUGUCAGGUAGAGCAGAAUCUGCGGAGAUCUGGUAGGCGUAAGCAACAUGUUUCAUAUAAGGAAAAUUUAAGUGAUGAGGAGGACGUGGCUAGCCCUCCAAAAAAGCCUAAGGGAAGUGGAUCAACCUGUGCAAAUGAAGAGGGUGAAGCAAUGCUGAAAGAUGACAAGUCUAAACUCAAUAAUCAAUCUGGUGUAGCUGGUGAAGUGAAAGAAGAUCAGAAAACAAUGGAACAAAGAGAAGGUACUAGGUUAGGGGCGAGCUUACCCAAUGGGAAGAAGGGAAUUGGAAAAGGAUCUGAAAAGGAAGCUGCCAAAGAGGAGGAUCUUGAGAAAACCAUGGAAGCUUAUGCUGAUGGUGUUAAGAUAAAUUCAAACCCUGAUGACAAUGGUUCUGAGUCACAUUCAAGCAUCAAUGAAACUGAAGAGCCCGUGGUUUUUAAAUACCCUGAGCCAGAGUUUUAUGACUUUGACAAGGAGAAGAAAGAAGGUUGUUUUUCGGUUGGCCAGAUUUGGGCUCUGUAUGAUACACUGGAUGCCAUGCCUAGAUUCUAUGCUCGGAUCAGAAAAGUAUUCUCUUCUGGAUUCAAGCUGAGGAUAACCUGGCUAGAACCGGAUCCAGAUGAUGAGAAUGAAGUACAAUGGGUCAAUGAAGGUUUACCUGUAUCUUGUGGUAAGUUCAAACAUGGGGUCUCUGAAAUCACUGAAGAUUGUCUUAUGUUCUCCCAUUUGCUAUAUUGGGAGAAAGGAACUUUUAGAGAUACCUACAAGAUAUUUCCAAGAAAAGGAGAAACUUGGGCGCUUUUUAAGAACUGGAAUAUUAAAUGGAAAUUGGAUGCUGGCACUGACCAGAAAUACGAAUAUGAAUUUGUUGAAAUCUUAUCAGGGUAUGCAGAAGGUGUAGGCGUACAUGUUGCUUACUUGACUAAGGUAAAAGGCUUUGUGAGUGUCUUCUGUCAAACGAGUAAGGAAGGAGUUGAUACAUUUCUAAUUCCACCCAAUGAACUAUUCAGGUUUUCCCACAAGGUUCCGUCCUUUGUACUGACUGGUAAAGAGAGAAAAGGGUUGCCAAAAGGUUCCUUUGAACUCGAUCCAGCUUCUUUGCCUGCUCAUCCUGAAGAAAUUGUUGCUCCCGAGGACUUGAAGGUGGACGGUGAUAGCAGACAUUCUAAUACUUCAUGUUCGAGUUCUGCCAAAAAAGUGAAGCCAAUGAUGGAAUCUGAAAAAAGUGCUUCUCCAGCUUCAAACCUUGAAGCCUUUGAAAUUCCGGAAUCAGAAUUCUACAACUUUGAUGCUGACAAAUCCCAGGAAAAGUUUCUUGUUGGUCAGAUCUGGGCAUUGUAUAGUGAUGAGGAUGGCUUGCCAAAGUACUAUGGUGAGAUUAAAAAGAUUGAGUCCAACCCAGUUUUCAAAAUACAUGUGAGAUGGCUUGAACCUUGUUCAUCACAAAGGACAACCAAGUGGUAUGAUCCAGCGAUGCCCACUUCCUGUGGGAGAUUUAGGAUUAAAAAGGGUGGUUCCCAGAACUACUACACCUCCACUGUUACCUUUUCUCACAAGUUAAAUGCUGAGUUUACUGGUAGGAAGGAUGAAUAUGCCAUCUUGCCUAGAAAAGGUGAGAUCUGGGCUUUGUAUAGGAACUGGACUCCUAAAAUUAAAUGUUCUGACUUGGAGAACUGUGAAUACGACGUAGUGCAGGUUAUGGAGGAAAAUGAUAGGUACAUAAAGGUGUUAGUUUUAGAGCGUGUGGAUGGCUUCAAUUCUGUUUUCAAGGCCAAUGUAAAAGGACUAUCUAAUGUUACAGUGGAAAUCCCUCGGGUGGAUCUGCUUAUAUUCUCUCAUCAGAUUCCGUUCUUCCAGCUAACUGAUGAGAGAGAUGGUAGCCUGAGAGGCUUCUGGGAACUUGAUCCUGCAGCAUUGCCAGUACAUUAUUUUUCUUCUUAAUAGGAGUAGGAAGGUAGAAGUCUUGUGCUGUCCUUUUUUAUUUUUAUUUUUAAUGAAAGUCUUAUAGCUGUCUUUCAUACCCAAUAUGUGUACAUUAUAUGCUCUUCCAUUUAGUGGGUACUUUCCUUACAAGGCUGAUGUCUAAGACAGAGAGCAACUUUUGGAGAAAGUCUAAAUUUCUGAGGUGUAACUGGAUUCUUUA